AUGUCAUUUUAUGUUCUUCUCUUAAUAAUUUCAAAACAAAAUAAAUUGAUUUCGGUUUUGUACCUUAUAUUCGUAAUAAAAAAAUUUUCAGCAAAUAUGCAUGAACUCCUGAAGAUGGCUGCAGUUCCAUUUGAGGCUAGGAUACAAACGCCAAUGUUUUACUUGACCAGUAUCAAGUGGUUUAUGCAAACAUAUGUGCCAAAUUAUUCUCAAGAGCAAAGUGAACUGCUGGAACAGAUUAUUAAAAAUGUGGACGAAGCCGUAAAAGGUCUUAUGAAGAAAGAUGAAGAAAUUGCUGGUUUGAAAGCUCAGCUUCAGGCAGCAGUUCAAGCUGAACAUGUGUCAAGCUGCUCAAUUAGUGAUAGUCAGUCUACCAUUAGUGAUGAUGAUAGUGAAGAUUAUUUCAGUGUGACAGAUGAGUAUGUUAGUCUUCUUCAGGAAAUAGACAAAGAAAUCGAGAUUCUUGAAAAAAACAGUGCAUUUGAGGAGAGCCUUCUUCAGGAAAAAGACGAAAGAAUUGGGCUUCUUGAAACUCAACUUCAUGCUGCUGAAGCUAUAAAUGUGGCAAAAGCUAACCACGAGCUCUACAAGUGUCAGGAAAAAGACAGAAGAAUAGACAAUCUUGAAACUAAUCUUCUGGCCUCUCGAGCUGAAAAUAUGGGCAUAACAUUCCGUGAGUUCAACAGUAAUCGGGAAAGAGACAGAAAAAUUGAGUAUCUUGAAACUCAGCUCUACUCCGCUCAAGCUAAAGUUAUGGCUACAUCGAACCACGAGUACUGCAAUAACCAGGAAAAAGACAGAAAAAUUAGGAACCUUGAAGCUCAACUCAACGACGCUGUAGCUAGAAAUAAGGCCACAUCAAACCGCGAGUUCUACAAUAGCUGGGAAAAAGACAAAAAAAUUGAGAAUCUUAAAAGUCAGCUCCACAACGCUCAAGCUAGAAAUGCGGCCAUAUCGGACCGCGAGUUCUAUAAUAGCCAGGAAAAAGACAGAAAAAUUGAGAAGCUCAAACAGCAUAUUGAGAAGCUGAAGUUGGAACACAAGUCGUAUGUUGAAUCAUUAAAUGAUCUAAAAUACAUGUUUUCCGAGGCACAGUAUGAAUUGCUGGAUAGUUUGGACGUCAAACCACGGGCACUGUGUGAUUAUUAUCGGGCGAGGUUUGACCUCAUACAUUUUUAUUCAAGUAAAGAGAAAGAACGGCAGAGAAAAGAGCUGGAACAGGAGAUGAGAAUUAGUGAAGGUCUCAGAAAGAAACUGGAUGCAUCAUUUGAGAAAAUUGAUGUGUUGAAAGCUGAAAUCGAGAAUCUCAAACAACGACCAAAUGUGUAUUUCUGA